CCAGACCAGAUCCAUCCCCGCACAUCCCCAACUAUAAGAUUCUCAUUCCUCGCCCUACACCAAUCCCCAUCCCCCAACCCUAUACACAGAGAAUAAAAUGGACUACGACGACAGCAACCGCGCAUUCCUGCAAGCCUUCAUGGCCCGAUCCACCCUAACCUUCUCCGAAGCAAAACCCAUUCUGGCAACCAUAUACUCCAUAAAAAACAACGAACCCACCCCUCCCGAGACCAUCACCCCCGACGACCUAGAAACCUACAUCGCCUCCGCCAACAGCGCCAUAUCCCCCUUCGACCUUGAAAUCCGGAGCCUACUACCCCAAAUCGAACUCGAUAACAUACAACAAGACAAUACCCCCGCACCCCCAGAACGAGUCUACGCAUUAGUCAACACAACCAGCGACGCCCUCACCCAACUAGCAACAACCCACUCCGUAGAUGAAAUCGCCUUCGUGAAACGGCUUCUGGAUGCGAUGUUCGAGACCUACAACACGAGGAGGCAAGAGGCAAUGGUGAUAAGUAGUAUGCAGGCGUUGCAGUUGGCGAAGGUAUCUGGGGAGGCGAGACGGGAGUCAACACAAGGUGGAGGUGCAGGGGCAGCGCAGUCCCUGACCAUGACGCAAGCGGAAACCGUCCUUAGACAGUUAAUUGAGGAAGGGUGGUUGGAGAAAAGUAGAAGGGGGUAUUAUGGGUUGAGUCCGAGGGGGUUGAUGGAGUUGAAGGGGUGGUUGGUGGCGACGUAUAAUGAUGAGGGGGUGGGUGUGAGGGGGAAGAGGAUUAAGAGGUGUGAGGCUUGUGGGGAUGUUAUUACUUCUGGUCAACGAUGCGCAGAGAGGGAUUGUCCGGGACGGUUACACGAUCAUUGCAUGCGGAAUUUCUUUCGGAUGCAGAAAGCCCAGGUUUGUCCGGUUUGUAGGAUUCCUUGGCCCGGGGAUAGGUUUGUGGGUGAACGGGCGAUUACGAGGGAGCAGCAGGCGCAGAGGAGUAGGAGGGCUACGAAUGCGAAUCCGGGGUCGAGUACGCGGGUUGAGUUGCCGGAGUUGGAUGUUGAGAUUGAUGGUGAGGAGGGGGAGGCUGAAGAAGAAGGGGAGAGUGAUUGAAGAGGUUAGUUUGGAUUUGGGAUAGAUGAUGUAUGGGCGCUACGCUGAGAUGCGAGUGGCCACGACGCUUCAGGAUGCAGACGAUACGGCAUCGGGCUUCGAGAGGGCUAUAGGCCCGACGGGUCUUCCGGAGAUAGACUGAGGUUCUCCUGGGUGCCGCCUUUAUCUGACGCUCAGUAAAGGGCCGAGUGGUCCCAGGGAGACGUUUGGAUGGCUACAUGCCCGUGUGGUCGAAUGCGGACCAUCACGUUGGGCACCACUCACGACGAUCAGAGGGUUGAUGUCGAUGAUAUGAACGGAUGAGGAUGACACUGAUACAAUUACUAGAGAUCACAAGCAAUGUAUCAUACCUUUGGGUACUAUUCUAUCUACCAUACUGCUAUGUCUGGCUACACUGAUGAACCCCUUACAGAUAAUCUAAAUCUACUACAUACAUACUG